GUAUUUUGCUGUAGUCAAGCGCACAUGAGUCAGAUUAAUAUUUUGCUUGUGCUUUUGUUCACUUCAGUUUCAGUUCAUUUCGAUUUAAGCACUCAAACACUAAAGUCAAAAUACUAAUGUGCGUACUUACGUGUAAAGCAGUUGAGAAAAAUGUGCAAACGUACUACUACCAUAUGUACUUGUAUGUGGUGAAGAGUGCCAGCAUUAAUCGCUUUUUUCCCCUGCACGACGACUAGAAAAUACUCGACUCUAGUAGCUAGCUAGUAGUGAAAAACAAAAAAGAAAUAAAAUUGAUAUUGUGUAAGUUGUAUCUAGCAUUGAAAAGAUGAAAAGUAUGAAAAACAUGAAAAGUGUCAUUCCUAUAAAUACACCUCCUCGGGAAAGAAAGUCGCAAUAAUAAAGGCACCAUAAAGGAACCCAACUUUGGACGAGAGCUAAAAAGUAUAGUGCGCAGCCCAUCAUGACUAACUCACCACCCAAAAGGCUAGCCCAUGUACAGAAAAUCGAUAUUCUAGUCGCGCUGUAACGCUGGGUAGCGCGUACCUGAAAACCGAAAAAAAACAGAAAACACAAAACAAGACAUUAGUAUACCGAAAAACCUCUUCCGCAAAUGGUCGACAUAUCAGCUAUAUAGCUAUACAUAUCAUAUAGCCUCCCAUCUGUGAUACGCGUGUACCUUAAAACCUAAACAGUUUCCGAAAUGAACAAUUAACUUUGCUUCGAUCUCGAGGGUAUCACUGGGAAACUAACGAUGCGUCUUGUCCGCAGUAAAUGUUGUCAACGUGAUGUUUCUGUAUCCGACUAUUUGAGCACCCCGCAUCCGCAUCCUUCGUCCGAAGUCCACACCAAAAAUAUAUUUACUCGCUACUGGGACGACCACAUAAAAAUGAAGGAGUCAAGCGAAACCAGGGGAAAACCCACCCAAUCUUCGUCAUCAGCAUCAUCACCACCUGCCAAACAAACCCAGAGCGUUACGUUCGUGAGGACCAGUAAUGCAAAUGCACCAGCUGUUUGCGACGGGAAUGGAAAUGGAAUUGGGAAUUCAAACCAAACCGAAUGGACGUUUCCCCCAAAACUGCCCACACCGCAUAUCUACAAUUGCCUGAGCCCCGACAUGAUGGCCUCAAGUGAUAAAAGCAGCUUUAAAGGAUUUCGCAAGCAAUUUAGUGGACGGUUUAAGCGCUUAGUUACUCGAAAAGUGGAACACACUCCAGUGAUACCUCCAGAAUUGAAGCCGCAACUAAAAACCAUAUACGUUUACUAACUUAAGAUGUAACGACAAUUGCAAGCACAAGUGUUUUCCCCAUUAUAUAAGGAACACCCACCGCUGUGUGCUUAUAUAUAUGGCAGGAAACAUUAGUGAUAGGAAAAGCAAGAUAAACUAAGUUAUCAUAAUACCAUUCUGGUUGACAAUUUUAAGUAUUCAGCGAUUCGUGCGUAUUGUUAGGCUCAAUAAAAAAGAACAUUUCAUAAGA